AAAAUAGCUAUUUUGACAGUGCAGCAAAACAACACAGCGAUCAAAGAUUAAGCUGGACCGUUCCGACCGCAUAUCUACUUCGGCGUGCACGUACCUCCCCUUUCCCGUGAGUGUUUCCCCGUUUGCAUGCACGCCAACCCGAGCUGCUCCAGCCGCCCUGUCCGUGACUGCCGUUGCCGCUGUUAUCGUCGCUGCUGCUGCUGCUGCUGCUGCUGACACGGCAUAAAUGUAAGGAUAUACAAAGGCACACGCACCGUGCCGGGAUCCGUGCGCUUUUGGCCGUGCUAGAGCGGGAAGCAACGGGUCGCUGCUGCAGGACGACGACGACGAUCGGAACCGGAGGAUUGCGUACACCCUCCUCCUCCCCCUCCUCCGCUGAUCCCGGUGUUCGAUUCGAUUGGCGGCGAUGGCGAGCAGCAACAAUGCACUGUACCUCCGGCAGCAGAUGGCGGCCCUGCUCGGCAGCACCUCGACGUCGAUCAAGUUCAUCUGCAUCGCCACGCUGGUCGGCUACCUGAUUUCCUUCUCCGAGCGCAUAUCGGUGAUGCUGUGCGUGACGCCCGGCUACCUGAUGCCGCCCACCUUCUGGGUGUGGACCAUCUUUACCUACUUCUUCAUCGAGCAGCACUUCUGGGAGGUGCUGGUCGAUUUGGUGACGGUCGGGCUGUGCGGCAAGCUGAUCGAACCGUCCUGGGGCCAGAUGGAGAUGCUGCACUACUUCGCCAUCACCAACACGGGGGUGGCCAUCCUGACCAGCCUCUACUAUCUGCUCUACUCGAUGGCAACGGCCGAUGCGGAGAUUCUGUUCAACGUUCGCAUCUACGGGCUGGCCGGCAUGAAUGCAGCGAUAAGUGUAGCCGUUACGCAGAUAAUGCCCGACCAUCUGAUAGCCCGAACACCGAUCGGUAAAUUCUCCAACCGAAACGUACCAUUGACCGUUGUCAUAGCAUCGAUUUUGCUAUGGGCCGUCGGGCUACUGGAUGGCACCUAUCCGGCAAUGUUCGCGUCGGGCCUGUACGUCUCCUGGGUGUAUCUGCGGUUCUACCAGCGGCACUCGAACGGUACGCGCGGCGACAGUGCGGAAAACUUCCGCUUCGCCAGCUUCUUCCCGAACGUGCUGCAACCGUUCAUUGCGAUCUUCGCGAACCCUGUGUACCUGUGCUGUCUGCGGAUAGGGCUGGUGAAGCGGCUAAGCCCACCGCAGUCAAACUCUGGCUCGCUGCACUCGGUCAGCGUGCACCUGCCCGGUGUGGAUCCACACGACAUGGAACGGCGGCGACAAAUUGCGUUGAAAGCAUUAAGCGAGCGGUUAUCGAAAACGACCGACUCCAGCCGUCAGAAUACCGUGCCGAAAUCGUUCCCACAAACCACCGGCAAGCACCAUCAUCAUCAUCAUCAUCACGGGCAACACCAUCACGGUGGGCAUGGGCAUAGCCACGGGCAUCAUCAUCAGCAGCAGCAGCCACAGUUUGGUGGGCUGCCACCGUUUACCGGUUUCCCGAUGACCGUGGACCGUCCAGCGAUAGCAUUACCUCCGCCACCCACGAGCAGUAGUAGCGGCGGCAAACAGCUACCAGCGGCACCGCUCCCAGUGGCAUCCUCCCAGCUGGGCACCGCUAGUCUACCGUCCCCGGGCCCAGUGGAAGGACUGCCCAAAUCCCCAUCCGUAUCCUCCAACCUGAUCAACCUGGACGCGACGAACGUUGUCAGCAGUAGUGGUAGCAGUACCGGCGGUGGACCGACAACGUCCACGAUGUAAGAUACCGCUGGAGCUGCACCACCUCCCCCACCCUUUACCAACCGACCCAAGUAAAGCCCAAUACGCGGAGCCUUUGGCGCAUAGCUUUAAGCGUUGUUCUGUUUCUUAUUUGUUUAACCUUCUACACAUAGAUUACCGGCGGAGCGAGUGUAUGUGUUUGCGUGGUUUAGAGUACUUUUUGUUGUUACAUUCUUUCUCCCUUCUGUAUCAGUGAAACAUCGAAAACACGGUUUAAGAUGGGCAAAGCAGUAGAAGGUAGGCACUUCACGACGGCUUUACUUGCGAACUCCGACCGUAGAUGGAAAUUAUUUUUGACAUUCUGUUCCCCUCUCGUACCCCAUUAACGUUAAUGAGCGCGUAAAUAGUGCAUACAUAUUCAUGCUAUAGGGACAUACUUUCUAUGCUUUCGAUUAAUAAUGCGGUUUAGUGAAGUGUGUGUGUUGCCAGUCAAUAGAGACAUGAUGAUCGUUGCGUAUAGGAUGAUAUUACGGCAACGUCCGGUGGACGAACUAUAAUCUUUCAAUCCUCAGUAUAUUUGACACACGACAAAGAAAUGAAAAUAAAACAAUAACGAUUGAAUUUAA